GUGAGGGCCACUAGAAUGGAAGAGGGUCCAGGAGAAAGGAAAUCAGUGAGUGGCCACUCUCUUCCUCUGUUUGUGAAGUCACUGAAAGGCUGCCUGGCUGGUCCCCAGCUUUCCCCCUGGAGAGUCCAGGCCUUCACAGCAGGAAGGAGCCAGCAUUGUUUACGACUUGGCCAGAGCACUCUCCUGCUCUCUCCCGUCCCUGCCAAGGCCUGGGUGGGGCCGCUAGGCCUGGAUUCCCCCUUUGUAAGGCCACAUCUUUCUGGCCCUCUCAGCUCUGCUUAUGACCACGUGCGCAAGACUAGAGUGGCCAUCAAGAAGAUCAGCCCCUUCGAGCAUCAAACCUACUGCCAGCGCACACUGAGAGAAAUCCAGAUCUUGCUGCGAUUCCGCCAUGAGAAUGUCAUAGGCAUCCGAGACAUCCUCAGAGCACCCACCCUGGAAGCCAUGAGGGAUGUUUACAUUGUUCAGGACCUUAUGGAGACAGACCUGUACAAGCUGCUUAAGAGCCAGCAGCUGAGCAAUGACCACAUCUGCUACUUCCUCUACCAGAUCCUUCGAGGCCUCAAGUACAUACACUCAGCCAAUGUGCUCCACCGGGAUCUGAAGCCCUCCAACCUGCUUAUCAACACCACCUGCGACCUUAAGAUCUGUGAUUUUGGCCUGGCCCGGAUUGCUGACCCUGAGCAUGACCACACUGGCUUUCUGACGGAGUAUGUGGCUACGCGCUGGUACCGAGCCCCAGAGAUCAUGCUUAACUCCAAGGGCUACACCAAAUCCAUCGACAUCUGGUCUGUGGGCUGCAUUCUGGCUGAGAUGCUCUCCAACCGGCCCAUCUUCCCUGGCAAGCACUACCUGGACCAGCUCAACCACAUUCUAGGUAUCUUGGGCUCCCCAUCCCAGGAGGACCUUAAUUGUAUCAUCAACAUGAAGGCCCGAAACUACCUACAGUCUCUGCCUGCUAAAACGAAGGUGGCAUGGGCCAAGCUUUUUCCCAAAUCUGACUCCAAAGCUCUUGACCUGCUGGACCGGAUGUUAACCUUCAACCCCAACAAGCGUAUCACAGUAGAGGAAGCACUGGCUCACCCAUACCUGGAACAGUACUAUGACCCAACAGAUGAGCCAGUGGCUGAGGAGCCCUUCACUUUUGACAUGGAGUUGGAUGAUCUCCCCAAGGAGAGGCUGAAGGAACUGAUCUUCCAAGAGACAGCCCGCUUCCAGCCAGGGGCACCAGAGGCCCCCUAACAACAACAGAGAUCCCUGUUCCCUGAGACCUGGUCCUGCUCCUACCUGCUCCUUCUCUGCAGAUUGUUAGAAAAUGAACUUUGCUCAACCCAGACCCUGGCAGCCCAGGCUGGACCAAGGGUGGGCCUGGCCACCUUUCACUUUGCUGGGGUCUCCUGCUUCAGACAGACUCCUUUCACCCCAAUUCCCCUUCCCCUCUCCCCGGGGCCUAAGUGGUGAGGUGACCCCAGAGCUGAUCUCUGCUGCUCUGCCUUUAUCUACCCCCGCUAGUACUGGCUCUGGCAGACCAUUCUGGAAUGGAAGGGCUAUGACUGCCCUAGAACCUAUGCUACAGAAGGGUGGAGGGUACUGAGUAGGUACUCAGGCUAAGCUCCGCCCUACUCAUCUUGUUGGAACCCCACCCUAUCACCCCUCCCCCCAAGGAACAUUCCUAAGUCUCAAGGGCUAGUUUCCCUGUGGAGCCAGGCCCAGGCCAAACCCUCUCCCCCUCAAAGCUGCCACAUGUAACGCCCUUGCUGCUUCUGUGUGUGGGUUAUUGGAAGUGGAGGUGGGGCCCGUGGAGAGCCGGUGUCCCUCCCCACCUCCCCGUCCGUGCCUGUAUCUAAUAUAUAAAUAUAGAGAUGUGUAUAUGGCUGA